AUGGGCACAGAAACUCCACUUCUCGCGCUCUGUCUGGUGCUAUACUGGCUCUCCGGGGGCCGUCCGACGCUUGUGGCGGCGGCGUGGUUUGCCCUUUUUGUCCACAAAAAGCAAAAACAAGAAUCACCAAUCACAACGCCCGUGAAGUCAUCUCGCAUCAUGGAGGUCGACUUCACCAACGCUUUCCCUGAAACCAAAACAGAGUUCCCUAAGGCCGUGCCGCUUAAAAAGAGAACACGGAAAACAAGAACCGCCAAGGUGUUCAAGAAAAAAGAAACCAAGGUGUCCCACCUCACCACCUCCUCAGUGCACCUUGAAAAGUGCCCCAUCUACAUCUUCUACACCACCUUGACGGGGCUGUCGCUCCGGGUGGCAAAAGCAUUGCACGAGAAGGUGGCGGCCAUCGACGGAGUCGAGGUUCCUCCCCGCUUGCUUUCGCUCGACGACGACGUGGACGAUUUGGAGGAGUACUUCUUGAGAACGCCGGAAUCCGAAAACCCGCCCAUCUACCUUUUGGUGCUCCCGUCGUACGAAACCGACUCGCCCAUCGACUACUUCUUGGAACACCUCACCGAGACGUACCAGGAUUUCCGUGUGGACAAGUACCCGUUGCGGGGUUUGGCGGGAUUUGCCGUGCUAGGCUUGGGAGAUCUGGAGUCAUGGGGAGGUGCUCAGUUCUGCUACCAGGCGAAAAGCGCAGAUAAGUGGCUUGGCAAGUUGGGCGCCCGCCGGCUUUUCCCUGUUGGCGAGGUUUGCAUGAAACACGAGGGAGAACCCAAAACCCAGGACUGGAUCAACGGGUUUGCAGAGCUUUUGGUCGAUGAACAGCCGUUUUUGUAUGAGGAUGACCCUUCUGCUUUUGACAGCGAUGCCAGCGGCGACGAGGCCGAGGCCGAGGAAGAAAAAGACGUUGUGGACGUGGAAGACAUGGGUGCCAUCAUCAGGGCAUCCAAGAACAAGGAGAUCCUUGAGCCCAAGCAGAUGGUGGCCCAGGACUCGCCAACGUACAAGUCGCUCACCAAACAGGGCUACACCAUCGUGGGAUCCCACCUGGGAGUCAAGAUCUGCCGUUGGACCAAAUCUGCCAUGCGUGGACGAGGCCUGUGCUACAAGUUUGCCUUCUACGGAAUCCGGUCCCACUUGUGCAUGGAAACGACACCCUCGCUUGCGUGCUCCAACAAGUGUGUUUUCUGCUGGAGACACGGAACCAACCCUGUGGCGAAGCUGAACUGGCGAUGGGAGGUGGAUCCUCCCGAGAAGGUGCUUUCCGGAGCGCUCGAGGGCCACUACAAGAAAAUCAAGCAAAUGAGAGGCGUGCCGGGCAUCCAGAUCGACCGUUUCCAAGAAGCGUUCCAGGUGAGACACUGUGCGCUUUCCCUUGUGGGAGAACCCAUUUUUUACCCACACAUCAACGAGUUUGUUGGGAUGCUUCACGAGCAGCACAUCUCGUCGUUCUUGGUGUGCAACGCCCAGCAUCCAGACCCGUUGGCCCGACUUGCCAAAGUGACGCAAUUGUACGUGAGUAUAGAUGCUCCGACGAAAACCGACCUCAAGAAAGUCGACCGUCCGUUGAACUCGGACUUCUGGGAGCGGCUCAUGCUGUGCUUGGACAUUGUCAGAACCAUCCAAAGCCACCAGCGUACCGUUUUCCGUCUCACCUUGGUCAAGGGCUUCAACAUGACGGAAGUCGAAAGCUACGCCGACAUGGUUGAACGUGCCAUGCCUUCCCAAAUCGAGGUGAAGGGUGCCACCUUCUGCGGAAGCUCCACGGGCAACGGCAACCCGCUCACAAUGCAAAACAUCCCGUUCUUGGAGGAGUGCAGAGACUUUUGUCGCCAGAUCACGGCAGAGCUUCAGAGAAGAGGCCUUCAGUACGAGUUGGCUGCUGAACACUCCCACUCGUGCUGCAUCUUGAUCGCCCACACCAAGUUCAAGAUCAACGACGUGUGGCACACACACAUCGACUACAAGAGGUUCUUCGAGUUGCUAGAAAGCGGCGAGGACUUCUGUGACUUGGACUACAUUUGCGAGACUCCUGCUUGGGCCGUGUGGGGUGCUGAAGAGGGAGGCUUCAACCCGAAGGACACAAGGUACGACAGAAAGGCUGAGAAGCUCAAGAAAAAGCAGGCUAGAGACGAGGCUGCUGCCAAAGCUUUACAGGCGAAAAAGGGCGAGUCCAUCAAGGCCGCCAGCGAGUUUGCUGAGCACACACGCGAGCUAUUUGUUUCAUAG